AUGACAUCCAGGCAGAUGGGGGCGUCUGAAGAUGCAUUGAUCCCACUGUUUGUCGGCAAAGAAGGCUGCAACAUCACUUUUGUCCUGGAGAGCUCAGAGAGCAUGAGAGCUGUUCUGGGGUCAGUAAAACGACUGCUGAUCCAGACCCUGCUGACUAAAGCUUCACUCAGAGACUCUCUCUUCAACAUCAUAACAUUCUCAAACAAGGUGAACUGCUGGUCCCACCACAUGCUCCCCUGUGCUCCUGACACAGUGUACACCGCUCUGUCCUGGAUUCACUCCAUCGUGUGCGGCCCCGGCAGAGAUCUCCUGGCCGCCCUGAGUUUGGCCUUCUCUGACCCGACCUGUCACGCUGUCCACCUGCUCGCCACGGACCUCCCUGACCAGCCGGAGGCCGUGCUGAGAGCUCUACCCGCCCUGGCAGCUGAGAGGCCUGUGAACACUUUCUAUCUGCAGGAGUCAUACGGUCAGCUGGACGGCAACACAAGAGAUUAUCUACAGUGUCUGACUCAGGCCGCAGGAGGAAGCUGUUAUGUGAUAGUAGACGGUGCGAAUGGGAAUCUGGGGAAGGUAUGA